AUGCCGCCGAUACGUCCCGCCAAGCCUCCUGGUACCAAGAGCGUUCGCAAGCGUGGCGCUAACCACACCAAGACGUGCUCUCCGUCGCUCCAAGAGGUGUACAUUCGAUCGUGUGCGGAGCUGGGGCUGCGGCCCAAUAGCGCGUUUACAAGCCUCCUACCUGACAAGGGUGGAGUUGAGUAUCCUGAAGCCACGCUUGACCUUAGCCGCAACUACGUCGGAGACAAGGGUAUCGCACCUAUCCUUGCUACGCUCGAGAAAAUGCCCAACGUGCGCGCGCUCAUCUUCUCCGAGAAUGGCUUGCGAAAUCGUGGAGUAGAGCUUGUGUGCGCCAGUGCGACCAACCUGCCGCACCUGGAGUUUAUUGAGCUUUCCGACAAUUUUAUCAGCGAAGGCGCGGCUGUGGCCCUCUUCCGGCUUAUCGAGCAUCACCGCCAACUUCAAAUGGUGGUUUUGGAAAAUACAAAAAUACCCGUGCAGUGGAGAGUCAAGCUGCUUGACGCGCUCGCCGAAAAGCGCGCCACGAGGCAGUCGCAAGCACAUGCUUCCAUCCUCGUGAGCUGA